AUGAACCGACUGACAGUGCUCGCUGCUGCUGCGCUCGUGUUUGGAGCUGUCGUAGCGCUGCUUUGCUGGCACCAUGAUGAUUUGGCAAUGCGGCGGCUGACAGAACAAGGCCGUCCACGCUGCUCCAUGUCUGGAAGAUCCUGCCAGCAGGCAGGCUGCUGUGCACAGAUGUUCGAUCGAUGCUUCCAGCAGCAUGAUGGGGUAGCCUACUGCCGGGCGAGCUGCUCUCCUGGAACAGGCUGGAGCUGCCAGCAGCCCUUUGCACACCCUUUGGCAAAGGCCCGCCAGACCGAACAGUGGCCGGACUUAGUGGCCGUGUGUUCUGCUGGCAUGGUCCUUGUGCAAAAUGAGGCUUACAUUCAGAAGUACAACGCAAGCUGUGACGUCUACUGCCACCGCGGUGCUGGGCCUGCCGUCCGCAAUCCCAUGAUGUUCGGGCUUAUCGGCGAAGGCCUGGGAGUGAAAUGCAGAGCAAUAUCACAUGCUCCAGCAUCCACAGUACUUCUCUGGUGCUGUAUAGGGUGCCGUGCAGCAGGCAUACCGAACGCAUCGGAACACAAAGCAAAAGUUUUUUUUGGCUAA